AUUAAUAGCAUUCAUUAUCUCUCUUUCUCUUUCUCUCUCUCUCUCUCUCUCAAACACUCGAUUUCUUUACCGUUACAGCAGCCCGUUCCAUUUCACUUUCUCUUUUGUUUUCUUUUUUACAUUAAUCGAUCCAUCCUCCGGCCAACAUAUUCUUAAUUCGGACAACACAUUCGCAUCGCAGCCCAGAAAAUAAGCCAAAGAAUAAAGCAAUGUUGAAGCGACAGCAGACUGCCCGUUCGUCGUCGUCUUCGUCUCGCCGUGAAAACGUCGCCGAACAUCGCCAUGCAGCCGCCGUUGGCUGCAUGGCCGGCCUUCUUCACCUCUCUUCCAAAUACAAACCUCGUCGCCGAUUCCUAAUUACCUUCGGUAGAAAGCCUGGGAAAAAGGUGGAGGACGAGGAGGAGGUUGCCUCUCCGGCUUGCAAGUCGGAGAUGGGUUUGGUGCAAGGGGAUUGUGAGGAGGAGAAGGGAGGAGAUAAAGCCCGGCAUGUUCGGAGAUUGUCGUGCCAAGUCCCGAGAAGCCCGACGCUGCCGGCGGAGAUUCGGCGAUCCAAUUCUGUCAACUCGCGUACGCCGGAGGAGAGCUUCCGGCUAACCACCGCUGCACAAACGCAGCCGGCACUGGUGGCGAGGCUCAUGGGGUUGGAGGAGAUUCCGUCGGCCGAUCAGUCGGCGGCGGAGAAGAGAAGGAAGCUGCUGAUGAGCGCACUGGAGAAAUGCGACGAAGAUCUGAAAGCCAUUAAGCAGAUCAUCGACGCCCUCCGGUCCGGAGACAGCCCCAGAUCGACUCCGGUUGCGAAGAGGAAACGGAUUGCUAAAAACGAAGACGCCGUCUCAGGCGAACAACCGACUCCCAUUUCUGUGCUCCGCAGCUUCACUCGUACACCUUCCGCCGCCGCCUCAAAAGUUCACAUUAUCAAAGAUGGGCAGAUGGCUACAGCUGGGAUGAUGAUGAUUAAAGAUGGAUGUGCCAUUGACUAUGAUUACUUAAAACAAAAGGUGCAGCAGCAGAAACCGCCGGCGCCGAGGAGGAGCUGCCCGAGAGUCGAGGAGGUUGUCGACGUCUGCUUCUUCCGCAAGGGCGACGACGAUGACGGAUCCCUCUGGCAGACGAAAUGCAAGCCGCCGCCGACGAGCAACAGGGCGAAAAAAGAGAUCGUAGACAAAGUUUGUUGGGACAUUGCAUGGGGAGAGAAGAGAGAGGUCGGGAGAAUAGGGCUGGUUUUGCAGGAUUACAUUUGCAGAGACUUGAUCGUAGAGAUGGUCCACGACUUAACCUUGGGAGCCUCUUCUUCUGCUUCUUCUUCUUCUUCUGAGUAUUCACUGCCCCUAGAGGCUUGUAAGCGAAGUCUACGUUUCUAAUUCUAUAUUUUCUCGAGAAACAAACAGCCAUUGUCCAGAUUAUUGAAGAUUCUUUCAUUAAUUUGUGUGUUUGAUGUAUAAAAACAGUAGAAAGAAACAACUAUUAGUGCUUGAUAUCAAGUGUUAGCUCCAAGUAAAUGAGUCAAAUUUAAACUUUACCCCUAGUUUGGAUGGAAAGUGAGGAGAGGGGGAGGGUUCCUUUUCUCUUCCGGGCCCUGCUUCCACC